GACGUCUGGGAGCGAGAAUAUAGCCAAAGGUUUUAUUCAAAACACCAUUUUCACGUGAAAAAUAAACAUAUUCGUUCGUUUUAUCUAAAAACGUGUACCAUACAAACAUCGAAUUAGUGAACUACGAAGUUUAAUUAAGGCAGCGUAAAGUUUAGACGUGUUUGAGCGACAAAACGGACAAAGUCGUUAUCUUGUCUGGCAACAAGCGCAUUCGCUGGCUGCGUCUUGUCGUUCUCUCGUCGACGGUCGUCCAUCUCACGGUUUGUCGAUCUCGUCUCGGUCUUUCUUGAUUUCGCCCCGUGCAGCCCUGCUUCGUCGCCUCGCCGCCUCGCACGACGAAUCAUGGAGGACCCCAACGGCAACGACUCGGAAAUGGCCGAUAGCGAAGAGCGGGCAGGGGCUCGUUUUAUUUAUACUGCGGAGGAGAAGGCGCUCCUCCAAGCGCUCGUAACCAAGCAUGCGCGAGUUCUGGAAAGCAAAAAGACAAAUAACUACUCGAAGGAGGCUAAACUUAAAGCUUGGGAGAAACUCAGCACCGAGUAUAACAGCCAGCCAAACGUCCGCCCACGAAGCGCUAAGCAACUUAAGAAGCGUUGGGAGAACGAAAAAUCCAGGUACAAAAAAACGAAGUCCGACGAAACGAGAGACAUCCACGCCACGGGAGGUGGGCCACGAACAAGCCGCCCGAUGAGCCCCUCACUCAUCCUUGUGGGAGCGGCGGCAGAGCACAUGGAGACAGUGGUGACGAAUCUCUGUGACAGCGACAGGGCAAGAGAACGGCCAGUGCUGUCGCUGCCUCCGGCCGCUAUGUUGGAGGCGAUGGUGCGAGGCACUGAAGGCGAUGACAGUCACGCCCGCUGGAACGACGUGCCAGGUAACUGGGGUCUUUUGGAUUGGGACAAAUUUGCACCAACAUGUUGA